GUACCGAACAAACAAACGCACGCAUCACAACCUCCAUGUUGUCGAAUUGAACAUUGUUUGGAUUCGAAUUAGUGGCGAUCGCUCGUUUUCGAUAAUUUCCAGCGGACGAGACUAGACAAAAACGGCCGCCCACAUGAAGAUGAAACUCGUCGACCAGGUGGUGCGGAGUUUCCGCGUGGCGAAAGUGUUCCGCGAGAACACCGACAAAAUAAACAGCAUCGAUUUCUCGCCGAGCGGCGAGACGCUGAUAUCCUGCAGCGAGGACGAUCAAAUCGUGAUCUACGACUGCGAAAAGGGCACCCAAGUCAGGACUGUAAAUAGCAAAAAGUACGGCGUCGACCUCAUACAUUUCACGCACGCCAAAAACACUGCCAUCCACAGCUCGACCAAAAUCGACGAUACGAUACGAUACUUGUCUUUGCACGACAAUAAAUACAUUAGGUACUUCCCGGGGCACACCAAGAAGGUCGUCUCGCUUUGCCUCUCUCCUGUUGAAGACACUUUCCUCUCUGGAUCGGUCGAUAAGACACUAAGAUUAUGGGAUUUGAGAUCCCCUAAUUGCCAAGGUUUAAUGCACUUGUCUGGUAGGCCUGUGGCUGCAUACGAUCCCGAAGGACUCAUUUUCGCUGCUGGUGUUAACUCCGAAAGCAUAAAAUUAUAUGACCUUAGGUCUUUCGAUAAGGGACCUUUCGUAACGUUUAAACUCACGCAAGAGAAGGAAUGCGAUUGGACGGGUUUGAAGUUCUCGAGAGACGGUAAAACGAUUUUAAUCAGCACCAACGGAUCCAUAAUAAGAUUAAUCGAUGCCUUCCACGGUACUCCUUUGCAAUCGUUCACCGGACAUUUGAACAACAAAGGUAUACCGAUCGAGGCCUCUUUCAGUCCUGAUUCCCAGUUCAUUUUCAGCGGAUCCACGGAUGGUAGAGUGCACGUGUGGAAUGCUGAUACAGGGUACAAGGUUUGUGUAUUAAAUGCGGAUCAUCCUGGACCAGUGCAAUGCGUUCAAUUCAAUCCGAAAUACAUGAUGCUGGCCUCGGCUUGCACGAAUAUGGCGUUUUGGCUGCCCGCUAUGGAGGAUACGUAAACGACAAUCAUUAUUUUAUUCAUCGGAGAACUAACAAUUAACAAUGUUCGUUUUUCUUCAAGUGAGACUAGAAUUUAGAUCCGGUUUUUUCAUGCUCUUUGUUAGGAACAAUACAAACUUUCGAGUAAUAUGUAAAACGUUCGAGUGUAGGUAACAAACAAAAAGAAUCGAUGGGUUGGUAUUGGUUUCCACGUUUGAUUUGGAUUCAUCGUUUAAUUUAGGCAGGAGAGUUGGUUUGUGCUUGAUGCGAUCACGUCGUGAAUUUUAUAACUAUUUUGUGGUAUUUUUGAUACGAACAUCCGUCUAUGAAAACUUGUAUAAUUAUGAUUGUUUUUGUUGUUUUAUUAUUGAUAACUGUGGAUAUGACUAAGAAAAAAACCUGGGUAAUUUACUUUUUUUCAGAAUAAUUAAUUGUAAAUUUAUUUAUUAAGAAAUAACAGUCUCUAAAAGUUCCUCGAAGCUUUACAGCAUCUUCUUAUACUUUCCAAUUUGUUUUGUCAACGAGCUUUUCGGGACUAAUUAUAUUCGCAAUUAUUCUGAAU